AAGAUGAGGGACACGGACAGCGAGGAAGAGAUCCGCGAGGCUUUCCGCGUCUUCGAUAAGGACGGCAAUGGCUACAUCAGCGCGGCGGAGCUGCGGCACGUCAUGACCAACCUGGGUGAGAAGUUGACGGAUGAGGAGGUGGAUGAGAUGAUCAAGGAGGCCGACUGCAACAACAACAAUGACGGGCAGGUCAACUAUGAGGAGUUCGUGAGGAUGAUGACAGAGAAGUGA